AUGCAUUCUCCAGCCAGAAACUUCAUGUUGGGCAUCCUGUUCUCGCUGCUAUCUCUCUGUUUUACUGCCAAUGCGUCGAGCCUCCCACCAGACUCUGCGGAGAAACGCACAAAUAGCUGUUGCACCAGGAGCGAUGUUGCUGCUGUAGUCAAGACAUUUUCUAAAUACUCCUCGAUUAGCAAUGAUAUCUGUGCAAAGUUACUGCACCGCCCACCUCCCGGCACCAAAACCACCACGAAGAUAACGACAAAGAAAGUCACCUCAACCUGCACAAAGCCGACAACCAUAACCGCUAAGCAAGGAACCUCGUUUGUUAGCGUGUCGGUGACAAAGACAAAUGCUCAAGUUGAUACUGUAACCGCCACAGUGUCUGCAAUAAUUACUACCACUGCUACGUCCACUGAAACCGAUACCGAUACCAUAACACAAACAGUCACAGCCCCUGCGGAAACUGUUACAAUUACCACCACCACUGCUGCGUAUGUGCAGAAGCGAAACCAACACGACCCUUGCCUAGGCGAACUAUUUCAUGGGUUGCCUAAGGAGCUUUCCGUUAUCUACGAAGACAAAGCGAUAGAAGCUUGUGGCUGCUAUUUGAAACCACCAGUUACAGUGACUGUGACCAGCACGACUACUGCACAUGCUACGACCACACUUACUGUGACGAAAUCUUCCACCAUCCACGCAACAACAGUGACCACCACUAUCCCUUCUACAAUUACUAGGCUGUCAACAUCAACAGCCACUGUUACCGCUUAUGCAACUACCACGGUGACUGGUUCUACUACGACAACAGCAACAACCGUUACAACUAUUACAGUUACUCCACCCAUAGCUACGCAUUACGUCUAUGACACGGUUACUUAUAGCCAAGUCAGCCUUCCUUCCAACGACUGCGUUUACAACGAAUACUACAACUACCCCGAUGUUAACAACGACCCGACGAAUAACUACCAGGCGGGAGUGCGGGAAUGCGAAAAUUUGUGUACUGCUGAUCCCAACUGCCAAUUCUGGUUCUUCCUUCAUUUUGACCCUAGCAAGUCCAGAGGUUAUGAUGCAUCUGCCUGCAUCAUGGAUAACCAGCCAUACAACCCAGCAUUCUUACAAUGUGGUUAUGUCGACAACUAUAACGUGGCUUAUAAUAAAAAUCCUUCACCACAAUAG